CGCGCGGGGCGCCUGGCAGCCCCGGGCCUCGGGGCAAGUCCAGGGGAGGACGGCGCGCGGCGCGGGGGACUAGGUCCCCGGGGAAUCCGCGACGGCGGCCCGGGGCUUUGGAGGAUGAAGAACCCCAUGCUGGAGGCGCUGUCCCUGUUGCUGGAGAAGCUGCUGCUCCUCUCCAACCUCCGGCUCUUCAGUGCGGGCACCGCGGGCGAAGACCAGGCGAGGCGCGGCUUCUACGAUACCAGCUCCUUCCUCCGCGGCGACGUGCUGGAAGUGCCCCGGACGCACCUGACCCACUACGGCAUCUACCUGGGCGACAACCGAGUGGCGCACAUGAUGCCCGACAUCCUGUUGGCCCUGACCGACGACACGGGGCUCACCCAGAAGGUGGUGUCCAACAAGCGUCUCAUCCUGGGCGUCAUUGGCAGGGUAGCGAGCAUCCGCGUAGACACCGUGGAGGACUUCGCCUACGGAGCCGACAUCCUGGUCAAUCACCUGGACCAGUCCCUCAAGAAGAAGGCGCUGCUCAACGAAGAGGUGGCGCAGAGGGCCGAGAAGCUGCUGGGCAUGACCUCCUACAGCCUCCUGUGGAACAACUGCGAGCACUUCGUGACCUACUGCAGGUUCGGCACCCCGGUCAGCCCCCAGGCCGACAAGUUCUGUGAGAAUGUGAAGAUAAUUAUUCGUGAUCAGAGAAGUGUUCUUGCUUCAGCAGUCUUGGGGUUGGCAUCUAUAGUCUGUCUGGGCUUGGCAUCAUAUACUACCCUUCCUGCAAUUUUUAUUCCAUUCUUCUUAUGGAUGGCUGGCUAACUUCAUAUCCCCGUGUCAGUGUGUGUAUUCUGUGUGUAAAUAUGUUUAUAUUUAUAGAGCACAAGUUUAAGCAUCGGUCGAGAAAGAUGUGACCUGUAACACUGUGUCCUAGAUAAAAAUGUGAUUAAGAAUCACUCAAAGUGCUUACUGUGUAAGCCCAAGAACAAAGGCUUUCUGAAUCUUCUCAGGCAGUUCCAUUUUAAAGCACUGUGCAAAUCUUGGAAACAUGACAACUUCUGAUAGCAUUCAUCAUUACAGGAGAACCAGCCCCUAAGAUGAUGGCCACAGGAGAUUAUUUGUUUGUUUUUUUCUCCUGUAAUCAUUGUUCUUCUCAGUUUGGCCUGAAUUUGAAGAUUAGAAGACUUACUGAAUGAGACCACUAACUUCAUUGUAAAUUUAUUCUGGUUCAUUGGAAAACUUACAUUAAACUAAACUAAACGAUUUUCCCCUCGUUCAGAUGAAAACAUGUUUCAUGAUUGGCAAAAAAAGAUUCAAAAUCUUUUUUUUCCAUGUAUUAUAUAUAAUUCCCAAUGAAUCAAAAAUACUUCCAUUGCUUGAAAUCCUGUUGGCAAAGUUAGAGUUUAGUGAUAAAGAAACUGACUAGAAGAACUAUAGAAAUCUGCAUUUUCUUGCAGGAAUACCUAUUAUAGCAUCAGCUGAACAAUUUCAUUUGGCUUUACUUACUCAGAAGCCUGGCAUUUGUUAAUUUUUUUAUCUCUUAUGUGUCACUCUGGUGCCGUUCAAGCACUCUUGAGAGGCAAAUGGAUAUAGGAUUGAAGUAAUUUGGAUACUUGGAGUGUGUAUGGGCCAAUUGAAUAUGCAAGUGUCCACCUAUACACAGACUGAUGAGAGACAAAUUAAGUUUGUACUUGAUUGCUAUGUUAUACCAUUGUGGUUACCAGGGAGCAUUUGUAGAAGUAAAUAUAAAAAUAAGCUUCGUCUGUUUUCUUAUGACCUUUGCAUCCAUGGUAUAACUUGCAUAUAUGUCAUUGGAUGGUUUACCUUUUAAAGCACUUACUAAUGUAUAAUUUUUUAAAGUCCUCAGAUUUGUCUUCUAAUGGACUUCUUCAUUUCAUUGCAUAGUUUCCAUUCUUAAAAGAAGGAUGCCACAAGGAAAUAACUGUCAGAAGUAGGUUUUGAGUGUCUCCGUACCACCACGCAUGAAAAUUGAUUACACUGAGCCUGUCAAGAGUUGAGAUGUUGCACUGUUAGAGCGAGCGUUCAUGUACUUUUGCAGAAUUACCAAACUUAUAAAAACUAGGCCACAAGCUAGACUUGCAUUUCCAGUAUUAAAAUUGCUUUAUGAACUAUCAGGAAUCACAAAAUAAUGAGUCACCAUUAUUGAGUGAUACAGGGAGAGUGGAGUCAUUUACCCAGUGACGCAAUCAGAAGAAAUUUAAGAGCAGAUUUUAGCAUAACUGAUGUUUUGCUACCACUAAUUUACAACAAAUUCAGUUGGAGCUUAAUAGUAAUUGAACUUUGUGUUUAAUCAUUUAAAUGUUUUAAGUUGUUAAAACAUGAAAUGGCAACACCAAAACAUGAAAUGGCAUAAAGGUUCUUUGGGCCUAUUCCAACCACUUAAAAUUAUCUUAAGUAUGUGUACUUGAAAGCAAGCACUAUGUGAACUGCAUUGUAUUAGAGGUUUUUCACUUACUAUAUAUUACCUUUGUAGCAACUGUUUAAAUAAAUUGAUUUUUUAAACAUA